AUGCCCCCAUUUUACCUUGAUCACCUCUUUAAGGUCAUGUUCCGAGGUGGUGGGGGAACACGAGUGAGUGAGAAGGAAUGGGCAUGGGGGGGAAAGGUCUGUGUGUCUUUGUUCUCAGCACAUGGCUGCGCUAGCAAAGAAGGAACCUGUCCAGAAUUCCCACAGGACAGGAAAAGGAGGGGACAUCUCAACAGGAAAAAGCUCUGCAGUGAAAGUGAAGGGAUGCCUGAGAAUCAAGGGGAGCUGGACAACGAAGAGCACCUCAGUGCUGCAAAGCCAGAAGGAGCUCGUACGCGGGAAGACAAGGAAAAGUUAGGAAAUGAGGGAAAGAGAAGAACAAGGGAGAGACAAAACAGGAGGAAGGAGAGCCAGAGAGCCAGGGAGCUAGGGGGACCCAAAGGGAGUCAGGGGGAGUCAGAGAGAGCCAGGGAGCUAGGGAGAGCCAGUCAGGGAAAACCAAAAGAAGGAGAACCAGCCAUUGAACCAAGGGCUGCAGGAAAGCACCCAACUGAGGAUGAUGUACCCAGAAAAGCCAAAAGGAAAAGGAACAAGAGGCUGGCUCAGUACCUCAGGGAAUACAAAGAGGCCAUACAUGACAUGCAUUUGAGCCGUGAGGAGCUAAGAGAAUUUGAGGGUUUGCUUAGGGUAGAGCAGGGGUCCUCAAACUACGGCCCGAGGGCCACAUGCGGCCCGCCGAAAACAUUUAAAAGUUUACAGGACCCCUUCCACCCAAGGGAACUUAGGGGUGGCUGUAAGGCCCCACAAAGGAGCUUUGAAGACAUUCCUCUCGUGUAGUCCCCUGCCAGGCAUUCGCUAAGCACAGGGCUUUAACCUUAUGCUUAGACUUUGCUCUAGGUGUCAUUCUUGCUAUCCAGCUGCAGCCCUCUAUGUUUCAGUAGCACAUUUUCAUCUGUUGCAUGGAAUAAUGUCUAUGGUGCAUUGUAAAAU